AUGAGCAGCCAGGAACAGCAACAGGCACAAGUGACUGCAGCGCAAGUGAUGCAGGAGCUUGUGAAUCUGAGAAACGAACUCACAAGGCAACGCGAAGAGAAUGAUCGGCUAAGGGCCGAGCAAAGCACAGCACUUGAGCGAGUGCGGCAAGAGAGUGCAGCUCAAGUUGCGGAAGUGCGAGCACAGGCGCAUACGGCAGUGCAGCAGGCGACGGCUCAGAUGGGCACGAUGCCACAGUUGGUGAGCGACAUGGUCAAGUCGAACAAGGAACUGGUUGAGGCCAUGGCAAAGAAAGGAGGACCAAACGAGAAGCUCUGUUUGGUCGACACAAAGGGCCUGGGAAAGCCGACGACCUUCUCAGGUGAGAGUGAACAGUUCCUACCAUGGAGGCAUCGAAUGUCGAGCUACGUUUGUUCGAUCCACCAUGAUCUGCAAGAAGUUCUAGAGUGGCUCGAAGAGAGGGAGAAGCCAUUCUCCUCGGAGGAGUUGGACACAGCCUUUGGAGAAAAGGCGUUGGAGGCGGAUCGAGUUCCCAGACUGCAAGAAAAGUCGAGGGAGCUCGCGAACGCGCUCCAAAUGGUUACCUCGAAGGAACCAUUUACGAUCGUGUGCAAUUGCCAGAACAACGGGUUCGAGGCAUGGAGACGCCUUACGAGGCGAUACGAUCCUGCGACUGCAAGCAGGAAGCGCACGAUGUUGAGAGCGAUUAUAUCGCCCCAGAAGCAGAAGCUGGAGAAUCUCCCUCAGGCCAUCGAAGAAUGGGCCGACGCUGUGCGCACUUACGAGAAGCGCAAGGACAGCACAGGGCGACGAACGACCCUGGCUGAUGAGAUAAAGAUGGCAGCACUGGAGGCAAUGUUGCCACAGGAGCUGGAGUCUCACAUCCAGUUGAACCAGAGCCGGUUCUCCACGUACGACGACGUGCUCGACGAGGUGACUCGCUUCAUCGAGUACAAGACAGGAAAGAGUCUGAAGGUGAUUUCUGCAGCCGCAGCCAGUGCGGCGAGCAAGGAUGAUCCUAUGGACCUGUCGUAUGUGGAGAAAGGCAAAGGAAAAGGAGCAAGCAAGGUCGUGUGCCACAACUGCGGCAGGAGCGGACACUAUGCCCGCGACUGCUGGAGCAAUGGAGGCAAAGGUUCGCAGCAGCAACGGGGCUCACCCAAAGGAAACAUAGAAGAAGGAGGAGAGAACACAGGAGAAGGAAACCAGGACGAGAACUGGCAGGAAGGAGAAGAGGAUGAAGGCUGGGAAGACGGAGACUGGGGAGAAACCUGGGAGGACGGUUGGGAGGAAGCAGAAACAAACAACCUCUACGUGGGAGCGUUAGAAAGAGAGAGCCCGAAGAGAGAGAAAGAGAAGAAGGAGAAAGAGUCGAAGCCAGACCCCGGCAGUCGUGGCUCAAGUAGGGAAGAGGGCUCCGGCCCGACCGUGCUUGGGGCCAUGGCGCCAAAGAACCCGAAAAGGAAGGUUCCUCCAAAGGAGGAAAAAGACGAGGAUGAAAAGGAGCUGGAAGCUCUGGAAGAGCAAAUGGACAGAGCAAGGGGUCAGUUCCAAGACCUGAAGGAAAAGGUGGAACUUGCGAGGAGACGUCGCCAGGAAAGACUUCUUCAGGAAGCGGAAGAGCUGGCAGAAGCCAGGAGACGUUCCCGCGGCGAGGUGCCAGGGCAGUCCAGCUUCGGAGCGUUUUCGUCUUCGUCGCGAGGACCUCCGGAGAGAGUGCGCGAGCCAAAGGCCGGAAAGAAAGAGGAGAAGAAGGAGGUGAGGUCUAAGGCUUUGGACACGGCACCCUGGAAGCGCGUUUCGCGCUACCGGGAGCCACCAGUGCCUGAGCCCAAGACCCCUCCAAAGGCGAAGCAAGAAAGGCCGAGAACACCGCCGAAGUCACCACCGCCUUCCAGGACCAAAAGUCCGCUUCUCAAGCCGAAGGUAGAGCCAAAGAGAACAGAGCCAAAGUCACCACCUUCGAAGCCAAAGGUAGAGCCGAAGAGAACAGAACCAAAGUCACCACCUUCGAAGCCUCCACCUAGAAGUGAAGAAGUGCAGCCAAGAAGCGAAGAGGUGGAGAGACAACUUGCUACCACAGCGCCGAAGUGGGGAGCCUCAAGGAGCCAAAGACCUGUGGCGAAGGCAAAGCCAAAGCUUCUAAGGAGUCCGGCGUCUUGGGCAGGAAUGCGCUUCAGGGAACGUGUGGCCCACCAAGAUGCCAUACGAGACAAGAAGCCCAGAGGCACCGUCGGGGAGUCCUUACUGAAGAAGCAAGGCGAGGCCUGCUCCACCUGCGUGUCAAGGCGACUGAAGUUCAGGAGCAAAGCGUCCCUUCUGCUGAAGAAGAGGAUGAAAGAGUACAAGGCAGCAGCUGCAAAAGCAGCGGGCUCCCACUACGCCAGGAAAGUUUUCGAAAGAGAAAAGCUUGUGAGGGCCGACAGGCCCAGCAAGGCUGAACUGAGGAGCGCAAAGGUAGCCGAGAAGGUGAAGCAAAGGGAGGAAGAAGCCGCUGGUGAAGAAGAAGAAGAAGACAAGUUUUCCUUGGAGCCGGAGAGCUCCGAGGACGAAAGCGACUUCGAGGAUGACCCUCCAAGCGAGGGGCCCGAGGAACCCAAGAAGGAAGAAAAGAAGAAGCCACCAAAGCAGGAAGAAGGAACCGAAGGAGCAACCGCGAUCACGGCAAGCACCUCGAGCAGCAUGCAAAGGAUGCUAGCGUCGGGUCUUAUGGAGACCAACCGUGCGAACCUCGCGGUCUUGGACCAGAGGAUCGCGACAAAGAGAGAGAAGCUCGAGGGACGCGGCAGUGACCCAGAGCUGGAAGCCGAGAUCGCGAGCCUGGAAGACGAGCGGAAGCGCCUGAAAGAGGAGCGUGAGCGCCUCAGGGCGCAGCAAGCGGGCGUGAAGAAAAAGGAACCCGAACACCGCAGAGACCAGUCGGUGCACGACGUGCGCUACAAACGCCAAGUGGAAAAGGGAGACAGCCACUGGAAGGCUUGGCGUGCGGAAAAGGGACGAAGGAGAGCGCAAGAGCACAGACGCAGCGGUGUGGGCGAAAGAGCAAAGGAGAGGAUCGAGGCCGACAAGAAGUGGCACGCCCGGCACGACGUGAAAGUGAAAAAGGGCGACUUCCGCGAUAACCAGAAGGAAGAGGUCGACGGCAUCGACACGGAGGUUAUCCACAGCGAUGGGACGGAGGCCAAGCCCGAGCGGCGAAAGGACUACCGCCCCCUCACGAAAGCCGAAAGGACGAGCCACCGCGUGGAUGCCGACGACGAGGAGGAGCUCUACCGGAAGGAGCUCGAAAAGCAGGAAAGGCCGAAGGCGACCGGGCGCUACUCGGCGGACCCGUCGAUUGCGGCCGAGCAGAAGAAGAAGAGGAACCAAAAGAGAAACCAAAGGCGCAACAAGCUGAAGAGGAAGCUUGGGUCGACCUGGGAUCCAGAGCACAAAGGAAAGAAGAAGGUCAAGAAAAGCGAAGACGACGACGAGGAGACUGUGCACUGUGAAGACUACGACGACCGCCGCGACCCAAGAGGAGAAGACCCGGAGGACCCGGGCGAAGGAGGCGUGCGCCAAUCGGUGCACAGCUUCGAGACCGUGGAUGCUGCCAGCCUGGGCGCUUCGCCAGGCGUGGCUAGCGUCGAGGUCAACUUUGACACGGGAGCGGCCGUGACCGUUCUGCCUGAGAAGUACGUGACGCAGCCAAAGGACAACGGCGUCCGCUACAAGACGGCGUCAGGUGAGGCGCUGAAAGACCAAGGAAAAGCCGAGGUCACCGGCACUUUGUCGGGAGGCCGUGGGGCCACGAUCACCGGCCGAGGCGCCGGGGUCCACCGCAUACUCCUGUCAGGAGCACAGGCGUGCAAGACGCAUUUUGCGUUUCUGCACGGAACAGGAGGCUUGCUGGUCCCAAAAGGAACUGCUUUCGCUAAGGAGGCCGACGAGGCGUUGCGCCAGUUGGCUUGGAAGCACAAGGGUGUCGGAACCAAGAUGCAAGUGAAGAACGGCAUCUACGUGUUUCCUCUGCAAGACGAGAAGAAAGGAGUGAAGGGCGGAAGCAAGGGCCAAGAAAAAGGAGGCACUGAAGACGACCGCUUUGCCGAGGAGCCGGAGGAAGACGACGUGAUGCCGCACCUGGUGGUUCGGUGCGACAAAACGCAGCGCACUUGGGCAACUUCGUUGCCCGAGAAAGGCACGCAUGCGUACAACGUCACGUGGUUGGCCAGCGUGAUACGCGAGGCCUCCGAAGAAGUCCAAAAUGUAGUGUUCGACUUGAGAGAGAGUCCUACAAGUACGGAACACGAGAAUGCGCCAUCGAACGGCAUAGCCGAGGCCGCAGUGAGAGAGGUGAAGCGAAUGGUCCGAGCUAUCCUGUCGGAGCUGGAGACAAAGCUUAAGAUCGAGGUGGGCGUGGACCACCCGAUUCUCGCCUGGAUCGCGAGGCACGCAGCGUUCUUGAUGACACGUUUUCGCAUUGGCGAAGACGGGAAGUCAGCUUACGAAAGGACGCUGGGCCGACCGUGGAGGCGACCUACCAUUGUCUUUGGCGAACAGGUGAUGUUCAAGCCAGUUGGUUUGAAACACAAGCGAGGAAGCCUAGAUGCAAGAGUUUGCAUGGGACGUUACGUCGGAACUGCGUCGAGGAACGCAGACUUGCUGAUCAUGACGUCCGAGGGUAUAUCCCGGGGCCACUCCUUGCACAGGAGGCCCGAGGAUGAGAAAUGGCCUGUUGAAGGUUUCGAAGUGCUACGCGGAUUGCCUUGGAGGAUGUCCGGUCCACAAGAGCGAGCGUCGCCCAACCGAGUUGGUAUGCCCGCUCUCGAAGGCGAACAACCCGCGCCACAACACCGAGACUUCAAGGCACGCAACCUGUACGUCAUGAAGUCCGACAUUGAGCUGUACGGCUACACGCCUCAGUGUCCGGGAUGCGAUGCGCAGCUGAUGGGUCUCCCGCAGCGAGCGCACAAUGACGAGUGCAGGAUGAGAGUGCAGAGAAGACUGCAAGAAACCGACGAGGGAAAAGAAAGAGUGAAAAGGGCCCAAGAGCGAGUUGAAAAGGACUACGGAAAGCGGGUCAAAAGAGACCAACCCGCGCUGGAAGGAAGACCUGCCCCCGACGCAAUGGAUGUUGCAGCAGAGGAAGCGGCAGGCGCACCUUUGUCCAGACCAAUGGAGGUCGAGGACCGCGCCGAGCCGAAACAGCGGAAGCGCGCAGCGUCCAAGGACGUCGAGGACCUUUACCGGGAAGAGCCCAGCACGAGGGCUACCGAUGGUCCAGAUGUCGAGGUCAUUGGAGUACACGUGCAAGGGGGAGCAAGUGGCUCUGCAGGACCCGGCCUGGACCACUCACGCCAACAAGCACGAGCAGAUGCAGAAAUGUACGACACAGCAACGGCGAAUCCGCCGCCAGCCAACGAGGAAGUGCGAAUGAACCUGAUUACGCGGAUGUUCGAACAAAAGGGGCUCAAGUGCAGCCCGACUGAAGCGAAGGCCAUAAACUCUAUGGUUCUACAGUUGGGAGGUAAUGGCAAUUCAGCUGUGCCCUGGAGCAUGGUGAAUGAAGGCAUUAUCUUGCCAAUGGACCAAGAGCCGCCGAUGUUCGCUCAGGCUGAGCAUUUGCGUUGCUUCGAAAAGCUGGAACAAGUGAAGCCAAAGCUUCUGGUGGGCAAGCUGCCCACUGGACCCUUCCAGUCAGUACAACGUGCUUUCGACAUGACCAACAAGAUUGGAGUCGAGACCAGACGCGGAAAUUUGAGGAAGGCCCGAUCUCAACUGGGGCUUUGCUUUGAGGCCUUCGAGGCACAGAAGGAAGCCGGAAACUACUUCCUCUAUGAGUGCCCAAGGGGAACUAAGUCCUGGGAGCAUGAACUUGCUCAAAGGAUGGGUUCGCACUUGGUUGAAGGCCCAAUGUGCAAGUGGAAAGUUGACGAAAGUGGAAAAAUGAUUGCAGGCCAAUCCGGCAAGAAGCGAACCCGCUGGAUUACUAAUUCGGCGACGGUUGCAACAGCGCUGGAAAAGCUAUGCAAGGGCAAUGCGAAGGUGUGGAACCGAACGCUAAGCUUCAAGGAGGGGAUCGUGACGGCCAAGGCCGAGUAUCCUCCGAAGCUUGAAAGAGCACUACUGGCAGGAGUGCGAGCACAACUGGUUCUGGAUGGAGAAAUGAAGGAGGUGGGCCAUGUGGGUGGACCUGACCCACACGAGGAGCCACCGCUCGAAGAGUAUCUCCAUGACACCUUACCCAAGGCAGGGCAGCUUCACGUAAGCGAGCCCGUCAUAGACGCAAACACAGGGGCACAACUUGAUGCCAGAAAGGUUGCGGAAGCAAGAGCGUCAGAACUUGCCUGGGUGAAAAAGCAAGGUGUGUACGAGAAAGUCGAAGAGAGCGUGUGUUGGGACGAAACAGGUCGUCCGCCCAUAACCUUGAAGUGGGUAGACCGUAACAAAGGGGAUGACGUUCGGGAAAACUACCGCAGUCGUUUGGUAGUCCGCGAGGUCAAGUCACAGGGACAAGCGGCGUUGAUACCAGACUACGCGCUGUUUUCCUCAAUGCCACCUCUGGAAGGAUUGAAGAUCCUAUGCAGUCUGCUGACGACACUCAAGAGGUCAAAGAGCGGAAAGAAGCUCACGCUGAAGCUGACAGACAUAUCACGUGCACACUUCUAUGGAAAAGCAGAACGACGUGUGUUUGUCACACUUCCCGAGGGAGAUGAAGCUCCCGGCUUUUGUGGUCUGUUGAAACGGACCAUGUAUGGCACCCGUAUUAUAUUGGUGCAUGGGGAUGAUUUCCUAGUCUUGGCAGACGAAGAUGGACAUCGCUUUGUAGACAAAGUACUAUCUGAAGAGUACGAGUUCAAGUGUGAUGGCCACAUAGGACCUGAGUGUGAAAAGGAUAGCAUGACUGUCCUGAACCGGGUCGUGAGCUAUGACAGCCAGACAGGAACUGUUACGUACGAAGCGGAUCCAAGGCACGCGGAAGCCCUAGUGCGCGACCUUGGACUGGAGUCUGCGAAGGCGGCCAAAACGCCAGCAGAAAAGAAAAAGGGAAGUGACCUGAAGGCGAUGCUUGAAGCGCAGCCGUUGAAUGCCGAACUUCAGAAAGCAUAUCGGUCUCAUACGAUGAGGGCAGCGUUCCUUGCGCAGGACCGUCCAGACAUUGCCGAGGCUACGAAGAGCUUAGCACGGCACAUGAAAGAACCCACAGAGUGGGCAUGGGCCGAUCUGAAGAGGCUUGUCCGCUACUUACGCGGAAAUCCACGGCUGAUCUACGAGUACCACCCGCAACGGUUCAGCAAAGAGAUUGUGAUGUACUGCGACUCAGACCACGCUGGUUGCCUCAUCACGCGGAGGUCAACCACGGGACUGGUGACAAUGCUUGGAUCGCACUGCGUGAAACACUCAAGCAACGUGCAAAGCACGAUCUCCCUCUCGAGUGGAGAGAGCGAGUUUUACGCUAUAGUUCGAGCAGGGUCAAUAGGUCUGUCGCUACAGGCGAUGCUAGAAGACUGGGGAUUAAAGGUCGGUCUGCGGAUUCGAUCUGAUUCCUCGGCGGCCCGAGGCACUACUCAGCGCCAGGGCCUCAAGCACGCCACGUGCAAACAAGAUACUUGUGGGUGCAAGAGAAAGUCGCCACGCGAGCUCUGGAGCUAG